AUGUCCGCCAUGGACUGCGCCGCUUCUACAAUGCCGACUAAUGCAUGUUGUCCGGCUCGGAUCCAAACCCAUAUCAAGAACCAAGGCUCCAAUUCGUCGGCUUUGAGCCACGAUGCCAUGACUGUUGACGGCCGCAUCCCAUCGCCACGCCGAUGGUCGCCCACAUAUCAGCCCCGGAGAAGGGACAGGCAAUUUCCGAGCUCUUUGUCAUUCUUGCCAUCCUCCGCAGCGCGGUCGGAAUCCAAUGAGUAUUCCACCACAUUAACAAGGCGGCCCGCUACUCGUAGCCCCGUCUGUAUCUCGCCCUUUCGCUCUGUGCGCAGGAUGAAGGAACCGUUUCAGCUCGUUCUACCGAAAUCUCCCACGUCCGCAGGAGCGUCGCCGGCAACUGCGUCAUGCGACGGCUCAUUCCCUAAAUGGAUGAAAGAUCCGAAACCGCAGGACGGACGUACUCUGCGAACGUGGCGAUCCGAUCAGAACCUGACCGUCGCGAAUCUCUCGGCCUUUGGUCUCCUUCCCAGUCCACCGAUAUCAGAGUCGCGACCAGCCAGUUCAGGUAUUGAAUCUUCGUACUUCGAGUGCAAGAGCGAUACGAACAGUGAGGAGGAUACCCCUACACAAGAGCUCCCCGAAGAGCCCAUCGGAGAACCUGUGGACAAGCCUAUUGAAGGACCUUUGGAAGAGACGGUGCAAGAGCCGAUCGAACACCUAAUAGAUGAUACCUUGGAGGAGCCUCUGGAGGAGCUCAUGAAGGAGCCGGAGAAAGGACCGCCGGGUGAGCCUACGCUACCAUUUGAAAUGACGGAAAAGAUCUUUUACAAGGCCUAUCGUCCGCCGGGAUGGACAAGAGAACUGGAAGAAAGGCGCAGAACAGACGUGACAAAUGUUCACGAAGCCCAUUCCAACCUCAUUCGACAAUGCGAGGGGGCCAGUCAAGACCAAGAGACACCGCCCAUUUCCAGUCCAGCCAAGAAACCAAAAUCAAGCCCUGUUUCAUCACCACGUUCCGUUCAUAGCGCCAUGGCAGUUGUUCCAGGCGCCUCCCCGAGACCUCAACGGCCGAGGACGGCGACUGUCUCCAGCGAAGCAAGUUGGGUUCCCACCAACUUCUCGUAUUGUCAGACAUGGCUGCAGGGCGUGCCAUUUGAAGCGGGUGAAGAUAAAGACCAGCCACCCAAAGAGUUCAACCGUCGAAAAUUCCAGAUCGUCGAAACGGAUCCACCGAUGCCAAAGUUGGACAUCAUUCCUGGGGCCAAGGCCUUGGAAGAGCCUGUUGUGAGUUCUUCAACGCGGGAUGGUGCUGAGACAAAAGACGCUAACACAUCAUUACAGCGUUUCGCGGUCGCUUCAAAGCCUAAGCUUGUGGAGGUAACACGGCAAUCAUCGCCAUCCAUGCCUCCAUCUACGGCCCCGCCGAUACCACCACCACCACCACCACCAUUGUUACCUCAACCUCUCCCAAUGACGCCAGACCAGCGCCAAGAGGAGGUAUCUGCUUUCAGUCCAGAUACGCCGCUUUACUUGUCCGAUAGUGGCUAUGGUACCCGCGAAUCAGGUUAUUCCAUGGAUAGUUACCAGGACAGCAAAGAUGACGAUGCAUAUACAGAUCCGGGGUCAUUGACCUCAGACAGUGUCACGUCCACCGUUGUAGGCGACAGGCCUGAGUCCGCGCAGGGAGAGCGCGACAGGUCACCCCAGCCGGAAAUCCGAUCGGGCAGUGUCAGCCCCAAAGCUUCAUCAUCGCCAAGGACCGCUUCUUCCGGUCAUACAUCAAAUCUUUCAGAGAAAGAGGAUGGGAAACAACGAUUACUGGACCAGGGAUGGACCCUUGAUGACCACGAAUGGACUCUGGGUGAACUUGAACAUUCCGUCAAGGACUUUCCUCGUCAUAUGCUCCGUCUUACUUCCCCCGUUAUCGUUUAUCUUCGCCGAAAUGACGAAAAAGUCCUGCUUCGGCCUUUCCGCACUAUUUUCCCCAAAGUUGCAGAGAACCUCCUCGACUGUCUCUGCGCUGCUCUCAUUGCUCGCAAUUACCUUGUUUCCUUAUCUACACUUCACCGCCGAAAAACAUCGGUAUCAUCGCGCCCCGAUCCUUACAUCAUUGAUGCCAUUCCGGCAAAGGCAUACAGUACGCUCGGUAUCCAGCUACCAACCGGGUCCCCAGGUCGGAUGAAAGACCGCGCCCUGGGUUCCCGCAGCAUGGAGCUGCACCGGAAACUCGAAGGCAUCAUCGACAACCUCCUGUUUGCCAUUUGUGGCCGAGCAGACGACACUCUCAAAUCCGCCGUCGAGGUCCUCGCUCAGGUCCUCGAAACCAAUGCUCAGCAUUGA